AUGAAUCAAAACAAUUCACCGAUUAAUGUUGAUCUCUAUCAAUGUGAUACUAAUAAUACAAUAUUCAACAAUACUAUUAUCAAUAAUGAUAGAAUAUUUAAUAAUCUAAUGCAUCCAUGUAACAUCAGUUGUUGUAUAUCAAAUAAUUUAAAUAAGACAAUCGUUUUGAAUACAUGUCAAAUUACUGUACGAUCUUCUACAAAUAUUUGUGUUGGUCGUUUCUGUUAUUCUGGAAAAUGUGAUACUUUUUCAUUCUUAGCUAAUAUGAUUCAUGAUGAUAAAAUUGAAAAUAAAACAACAAUUAUGGAUACAAUUCAUGCAUCAUCUGGUUACAUUCCAUGGUCUUCAAUAAUUAAUUCUACACGAACUAAAUGGACUUCAUGGAUAGAUGAGACUAGUAUAAGAAUUCGUCCUAUUAUUUUAAUUAUUUUAUUCAUUAUAAGUAUCUCAUUGACAUUUAUGACAUUAAUUGUAGUAAUCAAAUCAAUGCGACAUGCAAAUAUAAUUUCCAAUAGAAAAUCCUACCGUUAUACUCUACUCUAA